CAGGAUGUCAGGGUGGUUCACAAGGGGAUGAAGUAUGUGCGGCAAGUGUAACCAGGGGACGGCCACAGUAUUCUCCUGAUAUCUGAGUAACCCGGUACAAUGACUUAAAAAGUUAAAGACGGUAACGGGACCCCAACAUAUCCUCUGUCUCGGAUGGGUGAGUGAAUGAGGUGCGACGCGGAGCUGGCGGUGGCUGGUCGCCCGAAUGAUGCGUGUGUUGCUGCGCUGGAGUCGGCUCUGCUGCGGGGGUGGGGGGCGUGGCCCGCUGGGCCGCAGGCUCCGCCUCCUGUGGAGCUAUUGGCGGGUGGUGCUGAAGUCGCUCUACUUCAACUCCCUGUGUAACUCCGACUCCAUGCUGGACGCCGUCUUCGAGCCCAUCUACUGGCUGGUGGACAACCUCACGCGCUGGUUUGGAGUGGUGUUUGUGUGUCUGGUGGUUGCCCUGACCUGCUCCGUGGUGGUCAUCGUGUACCUGUGUGUGUUGCCCGUGAUCCUGAACACCUACCCGCUCCACCGGGUCCUCGGCCACCUCUGCUACGGCCACUGGAACCUCAUCAUGGUGGCGUUCCACUACUACAAGGCCACCAGCACCUCACCAGGGCACCCUCCACAGGAGAGGAGAGACAUGCCCACUGUGACCAUGUGUAAGAAGUGCAUCGUCCCGAAGCCAGCGCGCACACACCACUGCAGCAUCUGCAACAGAUGUAUUCUGAAGAUGGACCACCACUGCCCUUGGCUGAAUAACUGCGUCGGCCAUUUUAACCAUCGCUACUUCUUCUGUUUCUGCUUGUACAUGACACUGGGGUGUGUGUACUGCAGCAUCAGCUCCAUGGACAUGUUCAUUGAGGCAUACAAUGCCGUCGAGUCGUACAGGAGUUUGGACCUUCAGUUGCCAGGAGACAAGGUGACGGGGGCGGGGCUUCUCUAUAGUCUCCUCCCCCCAGGAUACAUGCAGAGUUCCUACCAGACUGCGGCUCCUCAGUACACUUUCAGAGAGAGACUCUUCCACAAGAGCAUCAUCUACCUCUGGGUCCUCACCAGCUCUGUGGCGUUGGCUCUAAGCGCCCUCACCCUGUGGCAUUCUAUCCUGAUCCUGCGGGGGGAGACGAGUGUGGAGCGCCACAUCAACCGCAAGGAGGCCCAGCGCAUCAAGCAGCAGGGCAAGGUGUUCAGAAACCCGUACCACUUUGGACGAGUGAGCAACUUUAAAGUCCUGUUUGGCGUGGAGAAAAGGAGCCACUGGGUGACCAGAGUUCUGUUGCCCUCCUCUCACCCCCCCCACGGAGACGGCCUCACGUGGGACGCCCCUCGCCACAGGACUGACCCCAUGGCCAUCUGACCCCCACUCCCCCCCCACCCACCCACCCACGGCCAUGCAGCAGCCAGUGGACACCAGCAUCGCCCCCUAGAGGACUUCAAGGGCAUUGCAGCCAACUGACCCCGAGGACUUGAUGGCCCACACAGGCUUCAGACCUAACAUGGGAGUCUGUACUCUGGCCAGAGUUACGCACAAAACCUUUUCUGGGAGAACUUGCAUAUUUCUAUUUUCUACUAACAAACUAAGUGUGUCUUACGUGUUUUAGACAGUGUGAGUGUGUGUGUCUCGUAGAUUGUGCCGAGUUCUGAGACGUUCUUGGUGCCAAAGAGGAGGCCCUGCUAAAGCCCUAGUCUCUGGUGCCCUGCUGAGGCCCUAGUCUCUGGGUCUGAGGCCCUUGUCUCUGGGGCUGAGGCCCUUGUCUCUGGGGCUGAGGCCUCCCAGCUGUGCAGCUCAGGAACUGCUUUAACUUCACUUACUGGAAGCUGUCACCAUAGGAACAGCACCGGCCCAGUCCUGAAGGACACGUCAUGGAGGCGCUGUUUCAGCUCGUCUUAAAGGAGGUUUCAGAGGCAGUCAGGGGGCGGCCCCUUCUUACCUGAGCCAACAUGGAGGCGCUGUUUCAGUCUCUCAAGUCGUCACUGGAUGAACAGCACUCAGUCCAAUCAUCAAUGAGCCAAGAUGGAGGAGCCCUUCAGUCUCUCAAGUCGUCACUGGAUGAACAGCACUCAGUCCGAUCAUCAAUGAGCCAAGAUGGAGGAUCUGGGUUUUAACAAACUCAUUCUAUUCCAUUCAUGCUGUUUUUUCUGUUAUCGAGUGGACGGCUGGUUCUGAACAUACAGGGUUCUAUGGGACCAGAACCGACCGCACCAGCACCCGUCUCAACGCCGAACAACUGAGAUGUGGCAUCAGUCUAACCAAUGAGAGGUCUGGGAUGUGGCAUUAGUCUAACCAAUGAGAGGUCUGAGAUUCUAACCAAUGAGAGGUCUGAGAUUCUAACCAAUGAGAGGUCUGAGAUGUGGCAUCAGUCUAACCAAUGAAAGGGCUGAGAUGUGGCAUCAGUCUAACCAAUGAGAAGUCUGAGAUGUGGCCUCAGUCUAACCAAUGAAAGGUCUGAGAUUCUAACCAAUGAGAGGUCUGAGAUGUGGCAUCAGUCUAACCAAUGAAAGGUCUGCGUCUCCGCAUGCUCUCUGUACUGAGGACCCUAAUGGAUGUUGUGUACUUCACUGACAUUUGAUCGGUUGCUAUUGGUUACGCAUCACACGUUGCCCAGCAACUCAAAACUGAUGCACCUUAAACGGACAUUCACCGCGCGCGGCACAUACGAUUAUUAAUCUAAUGACUUUAUCUGAGUAGAACUCAUCACCGAGGAUCAUGACCAUGUAAUGAUGACCUCCUGUCGACCUGUGUGUGUGUGUGUGUGUGUGUGUGUGUGUGUGUGUGUGUGUGUGUGUAAGCCUAGCCCAGGCUCCAGGUCACCUACCGCAUUCCAUUUAUUAAAUAUCAAUUAAUCAGCAACACUAAUUAGGCCUGCCUGUCAGCGUGACUGAGCCCAGGAUCACAUAGCAGCUGUGGCGGUGCCGGGCCACAUCUGGAUCACGUCCGGGCCAGAGGCGGCCGGGUCCAGGGAGGAGGCAGAUGGGGCCGACACAAGGGCAACUGGCGAGACCCAUGGAAACGGAGGUUGCCAUGUCGACAGGAACCCAUGUGAGCCGAGCUCCACCCUGACUUCCUGUUUAUAACUCAGUUUAUAACUUCCUGUUUAUAACUCAGUUUUUUCUCUUUAUUUGAUGUGUUUAUUUUUACGGAUUAUGUCACUGAAGUGCGUACUGAUGAACUGUUGAAGACGCCACUACUCCUACAGCUGAAGAUCAUGUUCCACCAAGAAAGCACUCAGUCUUAAUCAUACAAAAUGUUUUAAUGACUGCU